CCACACACACACGCAACGCCAAAUGCGACCACAUUCUCUUCCCCACCCCUACCCCCACAAAGAGUGAGUUUUCGCCCUCCUCUUUCUUCGUCCUCCCUCCCUUCGUCAAAUCCCUCUCAAAUCCGAGAAAUUUAGUUGUUUUGUUUGUGGAUUUCUACUCCUAUGUAUCCCUAGAGGGUUCACGUGAAUUUAAUGAGCGUCAGUACUUAGUGAACCGAACAACAACUCCAGAACAUAGUGAUGCCUUCUGCCAUGGCUGCGUGCCCAAGGAAGCGCCGCCACUCUAUGGUGGUAACGUCAGAUGAUGUCAUGGUGGUACCCUACAACUCUACAUGGGCGUCAUCACUGCAUGCCGAUUUGCUUCUCCUGGUAGCCUGGCACCUUCUGGAUGGUGACUUGAUGGACUAUGUUCGCCUUCGAGCUGUGUGCAAAAAUUGGCGGUACAUCACUAUUUGCCCACGCGGUCAUGGCAUCACUGAUCCUCGUUUCCACCCGCGUCGUUGGAUGAUGUUGCCCGAGGGUCAUGGUCUCCACCCUGGCCACUACAAGCUCGGGGGGUAUGUUCGCUUUCUCAACCUCGACACGGGGACCUUGGUCCAUGUCAAGCUCCCGUUGUUCAAGAACCACUGCAUUCUUGACUCAAUCAAUGGCCUCCUCCUCCUCCAGAGGGACGAGGACUCCGCCAUUCUCCUCCUCAACCCUUUCACUAGUGACAUCACUGAGCUCCCACCACUCUCCACCCUCCUCACACAAGUGGUGACACAGUCUGAGAUCACAUUUGGCCUAUGCUACUGCUAUCUCCUCAAACAUGGCAUGUCUACUGCUGUCUUCUGCAACAAUGACGGUACCACCACCGUCAUGAUUAUCUUGCAUCAUUUAUCACAGUUGGCCUAUGCUAACUCCCAAGACAAGCAAUGGAUCUUGGCGAGCUGGGAUCUUCCGUUAAACAUGAAAGCUUUUUCAUGUCAAGGCAAGUUAUACUUGGUGCAGUAUCCUGCAUCUCAUGGUUCACAAGUUCUUCAGAUUGACCCACCCUUGCAUGUUGGUUCGCCGCCACCACGGCCAAAGUUAAUUGCCACAUGCCCGACAAAUAAACUUGUCUAUGGUUAUCAUCUGGUAGAAUGUGACUCGAACAUCCUUCUUGUUUGCCAUACUGAUGAUUCUCGAUCACCCAUUUUGAUUUACAACCUUGAGAAUAUUAUUGUGGGAAGGUUUACCCCGGUAAGAAGCAUUGGAAAGCAUGCCCUCUUCCUCGGAGAAAGGAGUCUGAGUGUCUCCUCUAAGGCAUUGCCUACUAUCAUUGUUGAAACUGUCAUCUACAAAGGACCAAGGGAGCAUCGCUUUGUGCAAUACCACCUCAGUACCGCCAAGUGGUCCGAACCAGUUGACGAAUGUGGCAUCUAUGGAUAUAGCCCCGGUCCUCAUAGCCUCAUCCAACAUAUCAUUACUUGUUGCAUUCGUCGUGCUUGGAACAAAGGGCUGAUAUAUUCUGAAGCGGAAGCGUAUAAGCCUAGAUGGCUCACCUGGAAGGUUAAGAGAAAGUUUCGCCAUUGGGCUUAAAGUGAUGCAAGAAGCAUGUCAAUGGAUUUCAAUUCUCCUGGGUUUUACACAGAUGAAUGAACAAGAAAGGAGAGCUUCAUUAUUUUAAAAAUACCUUUGUCGUCGUUUCCUUGUUACAACAACUCAUUCCCGCGGUUCCUAUCGUUACUUUGAGACAAAUAAAUGAACUUUAAUACUUGUAGCCAUGUAGCGCACAAACAAACUGAGCACUCAUGAAAGAUAUAAGUACAUUGCUUGCUAUA